ACGGCGCGGCGGCGGCGGCAGGACGGGCCACACCGCACCCGCACCGCUGCGCCCGCGCCUCCCGCCGGCACGCACGCCCAGCACGGCCGCGCCGCGCAUGCGCCGGGGGGCGGGUCCCGCCCGGCCCGCGCACGCAGCAUGGCGGCGCCCGUGUACCCGGUGUGGGUCACCCGCUGGGCCUCAGGGCAGUGGCGGCAGAAGAAGCGGCCCCCGGUUAUCCGCCCGACCCGGCCGCUGGUGCUGGCCGACAAGGUAGCGAACCGCAAGGAGAAGGCGGGAGAAGCGACAUGCAUUACGGAGAUGUCAGUAAUGAUGGCCUGCUGGAAACAGAAUGACUUCAACGAUGCAGCCUGUGCCGAGGAGAUCCGGAUGUUCUAUGACUGUGUGGCAAAGGCAGAAAAGGAGCGCAAGAAUCUAAACAAGGACACCCUGUCAUCCCAGGGAAACAUGUCUUCAAGCAAAGUAAACAAGCUCCUGAGGAGGUUUCCUCAGAUCACACGUUAUGUAUAAUGUGCUUCACUAAAGGAACUGCAGAGAAACAAUUAUAGUUGGAGACUUUGGCAAAAAAGUGAAAAGUAGACUGGAGUGAGCGUUUGAUGUCAGGCGAUAUCUGUCAGCACUGAGGUAUGGAUCUUGACCUCGCCUUUGUUUCCAGAGCAUAAAACACCCGUUGUGACCAUCAACUGACUUUGUUCAUGACAUUCUUGGGUCUUGCCAUCUUAGGAUUUCUGCAGGGUGUUGUUCAGCUAGCCAAGUGUGGAAUCAGGUCCUCACUGUGAAGAGAAAUCUUCUAGGAAUACACACAAAUGCCUUUUCUAACAGUUAGGGGGGGGACUUUUUCUCAUGCAUAAGCUUCCUGCCUAACUUCUGAACUGCUGUCAAAAAGUACUCAGGCCCAGACACUGAGCCAACUUGAAAUUGAUAGUAAUCUCACAACUCGUACUCCUACAUGUAUGUAUACACAGUUUGGUUCCUCUUGAAAUGUUUUUAAUUCCUGCUGCUGUACAAGAAGGCUGUAGAGGAAGGAGGAAUGCCCCAGCAAAAUACCUUGUUAAUACACAGUACAUUGGUAAGGAUCAAAUGUAACUUUAACAUAGAGGCUUGUGAUUUAGGCCCUCUGAUUUGCAGGUGAGAUGGUAUGGUGCCAUGUCAGAUCGAUUACAUCUGUACUAUAAUAAAAGAAUGCAAAACUGUU